ACGGCGCCAACUUCACUCUGGUCUGGGUACGAAAAUGGCGUCGCACGUUAAGUUUUGACAUAUUUAUGGUAUUAUUAUUAUGCUUGUGUAAAUCGUUUAAAACAUUAGUAAUCCUCAAAAACCGCUGAUACACCUCACAGUACCCCAGAAGUCGAGAAUCGCGCAACAACUGUGACCCCUUGAAAUAUGUUUCGACAUUUGCUCGAAAUGGCAGGUUUGGGCUCUUCCUGUUCCCGAGACUGCUCGGGCCGCGGCGAGUGCAACAACGGGACGUGCAUGUGCGACAUUCGCUUCACUGGAGAAUUGUGCGACGGUCCCAACGUGCCCUAUCAUGCUGGCAUCGGAGGUGUCUUCUUCCUAGUGGGACUAGUGUGUGCUGUGCAGCUCAUAAUGUGCGUCGUGUCGGAGUACCAGCGGAUGAAGGCACCCACAUUUCUGAAAGCGUGUCGGAUCACCACCCAGAAAGCCAUCUAUUUUGUGAUGUGUAUAGCCAGCUUAAUACGAGGGGCGUACUUCAUCUCACCGGAUUCUUUCGAGUACGGGUGGUCGUCGAGCCUCCUCUCCUCCUACUACCCCCUUCUCAUGUCCUGCUCGUCUCUCAUCGUAUGCUUCUGGGCCGAGGUUUUCCACUUGCAAGGCAUUCGCUGGGACAAGUCGCACUUCUUGUCCAAGUCGUUGCUGGGAUUCGUCACGUUUAACAUCAUAAGUUACAGUUUGUUGCUGGCGGAGGUGAUCACGACGAGCCUGGCUGAACCACCACCAAACGAUCCCGGCUUCUACAGUCAUUUGUUUAAUGGGUGCUACGCUGUGCUGUUGUUCAUCGUCGUGGUGUUUUUCUUGAUUUAUGGAGUUGAAGUUUUCUUCAAGGUCCGCGGCGGCUUCGUCGGCAAGCCCCUGCAGCUCGCCAGCGCCGCCUCCGGCGAGUCGGAGCCACUCAGGUCCGAAGAUCUCCGGCCCCAGAUCAACAUCUCGCAGCUGCACCAGUCGCGUAUCGGCCUUCUCAGCCAGGCCCUGAUGCUCAUCACCAUCGUGGGGUUCCUCUUCUCGGAGACGCUGUCCGAAUUCUGGAAGACGAAGGUGCCGAUCGUUUCGAGGAACUGGCACCACGUCGUCUUCAGGGUGGUAGAGAUCGGCGUGGCCGUGUGGUUCCCGGCGGUGUUGUGGAACUGCAUGCAGCCGUCGGAGCUGUGGAUACUCAACCCGCAGAAGCUGCUCGCGAAGCUCGACCAGAAACCGCAGGAGUUUGUGGCGAGCACGAGCGCGGCGGGUAACGACGACGAGGCGUUCCUGGACAAAAGGGAGUGCUGGAUAUGCUACGAUGCGGAUAAGCAGGAGCCACUGAUCCAGCCCUGCGCGUGUACCGGUGACGUUUCCAGCGUCCACCACGACUGCUUGAGGAGAUGGUUGAUGGAGAGUUCUUCGGGAAGUACAGAAGCUUUGAAAUGCAAAGUUUGUAAUUACGAGUACGACGUAUGCAGCACGACAAAGCUGGAUUGGGAAAGGGGAUUCACUUCGAAACAUUGGGGAUGUAAUGCUGUGGUGAUCACGUGUUUAUGCGUCGUCGUGGCUGUGGCAUGGAUCAUUAUACAGCUGUACGAUAAUAGUUAUAUACGGAUGUUGAGCGCUAGUGUGGCGCUUUUAGUCAUCUAUGUGUGUAUUAAAUUCCUUGGCCAAACCACUCUCAGCGCGUACCAGCGAGCCAAAGUCGCCGCCCUCAACAUCGGCAGUCACGUGACGACCAUCAGCGGGGCGGUAAACGUCGAAACAAACGAUUCUCAGCCACAGGCCGCCCUCUAGUCUCGAGAAGCGGUUCUAACAAACCAUUUGUGAUAUUUAUCCAUGUAUUAUUAGACGAUUAUUCUUAGUGUAAACAUUCACAAAUUAGUAUUUUUUAUUAUUUCGGUUCGUACUAAUAGUUAUGUGCAAUUAUUAUUUUAUUUAUAAGUAGGAGCAUGUUAGUGUUCGUGUUACAGUACUGUUUUAAGUAUGAUUACUUAGCUUUGGGUUCUGGAUUUUCGUCCAGUUGUGAAAUGCCAAAAAUGUACAUAGAUUUGUCUCAUAGUUACUUCAAUGUUGGAGGGAUUUAUGCUUGAGUUGGUUCGUUGACCGUUUUUUUUAUUGCCGUGUAAAUAGGAUGGAUAUUAGAAGUUAAGUUCUGUUGGUAGAUCUUUGAUGAAGUUGUUCCCGUGUUAUUGUAAUCAUGAAGUUUCAUGGUAGAAAUAAAACGACACGUCGCAUAUUUA